UGGGAAAGGCCUACCAUCCAGGACUCGUAUUGGGUGCGGGAGGGAGCUUGCUAGGAUGGGAGAAGGUGAUGGGUCCGGAAUAUACCAAAUCAGGGAGAUCCCGGGCAAGUGUGAACUCACCAGUCAACUUGGAUGCCACGAUGGCAUCAAUUAAGGAACAAGUGCGCAACGAGAUGCGAGAAGAGUUCAAUGCAUGGGCAAAGCAAAUGAACUUGCCGAGCUUGCCUUUCUCCUCGGCUACACCGGUCGACUCUUCUAGUCACCCACGAAAACAAGGAGAAGAUGAGAUACAUGCAGACGAGGAGGUUAGUAAUCCUGCACAUGCGUACUUGAAGGAGCCUGAAAAUCCAACACCUCAUGACUUUCCAGUUCUACAGGAAGAGACCCGUUGCGAAAUUUUUCACCCGGGCGAAUCGCUUAAUGGAGCUUUGAAUUUCGUUGCAUAUGGUAGUGCACAACCGGCCGAACAAGGUACGGUCCAUUUACGGCCGCUUCGACCUGAGCAUUAUUCGGUCGGGAUCCAUUUUGUGGUUGCCGGGUUCGAGGACAUCCUAAUACCUGUGCUCGUAGAGGAGGAUGAGUUUACUACACUUUGGGCGGCAAAAUGUAGUUUUGUGCAAUGGCCAUGUGCUUGGAUACGGUUGGUGAACCAGGUAAAUAAGAUUUAA